AUGGAUAGUGGGAUGGCGAGAAUGGAUAGUUGGGCCUUACUGCUUGAACCCUCUGCGUCGGGAUACUCAAAACGACUCGCUGUUGUGUUGCUGGCUGAAGUGGUGCUGUUGCUGGCAGGAGCUGUUGUGUUGCUGGCAGGAGCAGUGGAGUUGCUGGCAGGAGCUGUUGUGUUGCUGGCAGGAGCAGUGGUGUUGCUGGCAGGAGCUGUUGUGUUGCUGGCAGGAGCUGUUGUGUUGCUGGCAGGGGCUGUUGUGUUGCUGGCAGGGGCUGUUGUGUUGCUGGCAGGGGCUGUUGUGUUGCUGGCAGGGGCUGUUGCGUUGCUGGCAGGAGCUGUGGUGUUGCUGGCAGGAGCUGUGGUGUUGCUGGCAGGAGCUGUGGUGUUGCUGGCAGGAAUGGUGGUGUCGCUAGGAGUAGGUGUGGUGUCGCUGGGAGGAGGUGAAGGGUAUUGGGCAGCCACGCAAAUCUGCAAAAGAGAGAUGCAUCAGUUGCAAUGA